AGUAACAUAUAUAUCCGCCAUUUGUCUGCUCUAAGUCACUCAAAUUGCUGGACACGCGAAACUUUUCGACAAAUUUUGCGUGAACCCAAUACCUUUUUCGAUAAUUCUCUUCAAUCAAAACUCUAGGAAAAUAAUCGAAAAUGGCUGGAGCUGCGGUUAAGCGUUUAAUGGCUGAAUAUAAGCAAUUAACGUUGAAUCCGCCAGAAGGAAUUGUGGCUGGUCCUCAAGAUGAAGAAAAUUACUUUGAAUGGGAAGCUCUGAUAAUGGGACCGGAAGGCACCUGUUUUGAAGGAGGAGUGUUUCCGGCCAAACUUACCUUUCCUAACGACUAUCCACUUUCACCCCCACAAAUGCGAUUUACCUGCGACCUAUUCCAUCCAAACAUUUAUCCCGACGGACGUGUUUGUAUAUCGAUUCUGCAUGCUCCCGGUGACGAUCCUCUUGGGUACGAAUCAUCAGCUGAAAGAUGGAGUCCCGUACAAAGUGUUGAAAAGAUUCUAUUAUCCGUUGUCAGUAUGUUGGCAGGUUGGUUCAGAUUGUCUCUUUAAUCUUACUUUUAAUGAAACUAUUUGUAAUUUAAGAACCAAAUGAUGAAAGUGCAGCAAAUGUAGAUGCUGCUAAAUGUUGGAGGGACGAUAGAAAGUUAUUUGAAGAGAGAGCUAAGAAAAGUGUUCGCAAAUCCCUGAAUUUAUGAGCUGAAGAUUUGAACUAACUUAUUUGUAAUCCUUGUCAUGAUGUCAUCAUUCUCAUAGGAAUAAAGAUCAUUUUAACUUCAAUUUUAA